GGGCCGCUUGCUUCCUGUUUGUCGGACGAGGAGACAUGGCGGCGGCGCCGGCGGCUGCUGGGUCUGGGGUCGGCCGAGGGCGACGGGCGGCGGCAACUGUGGCGGCUUGGGGCGGAUGGGGCGGCCGGCCGCGGCCUGGUAACAUUCUGCUGCAGCUGCGGCAGGGCCAGCUGACCGGCCGGGGCCUGGUCCGGGCCGUGCAGUUCACUGAAACUUUUUUGACGGAGAGGGACAAACAGUCCAAAUGGAGUGGAAUUCCUCAGCUGCUCCUUAAGCUGUAUGCAACCAGCCACCUCCACAGUGACUUCAUUGAGUGCCAGAACAUCCUCAAGGAAAUUUCUCCUCUUCUCUCCAUGGAGGCUAUGGCAUUUGUUACUGAAGAGAGGAAACUUACCCAAGAAACCACUUAUCCAAAUACUUAUAUUUUUGAUUUGUUUGGAGGUGUUGAUCUCCUUGUAGAAAUUCUUAUGAGGCCUACAAUCUCUAUUCGGGGACAGAAACUGAAAAUAAGUGAUGAAAUGUCCAAGGACUGUUUGAGCAUCUUGUAUAAUACCUGUGUCUGUACGGAAGGGGUUACAAAGCGUUUGGCAGAAAAGAAUGACUUUGUGAUCUUCCUGUUUACACUGAUGACGAGUAAGAAGACAUUCUUACAGACAGCAACCCUCAUUGAAGAUAUUUUGGGUGUUAAAAAGGAAAUGAUCCGACUAGAUGAAGUCCCCAAUCUGAGUUCCUUAGUAUCCAAUUUCGAUCAGCAGCAGCUUGCUAAUUUCUGCCGGAUUCUGGCUGUCACCAUUUCAGAGAUGGAUACAGGGAAUGAUGACAAGCAUACGCUUCUGGCCAAAAAUGCUCAGCAGAAGAAGAGCUUGAGCUUGGGGCCUUCUGCAGCUGAAAUCAACCAAGCGGCCCUUCUCAGCAUCCCUGGCUUUGUCGAGCGGCUUUGCAAGCUGGCAACUCGAAAGGUGUCAGAGUCAACGGGCACAGCCAGCUUCCUUCAGGAGUUGGAGGAGUGGUACACCUGGCUAGACAAUGCUUUGGUGCUAGAUGCCCUGAUGCGAGUGGCUAAUGAGGAAUCUGAGCACAAUCAAGCCUCCAUUGUGCUCCCUCCUCCAGGGGCUUCGGAGGAAAAUGGCCUGCCUCACACUUCACCUAGGACCCAGCUGCCUCAGUCAAUGAAGAUCAUGCAUGAGAUCAUGUACAAACUGGAAGUGCUCUAUGUCCUCUGCGUGUUGCUGAUGGGGCGCCAGCGAAACCAGGUUCACAGAAUGAUUGCGGAGUUCAAGCUGAUCCCUGGGCUGAACAAUUUGUUUGACAAACUGAUUUGGAGGAAGCAUUCAGCAUCUGCCCUUGUCCUCCACGGUCACAACCAGAACUGUGACUGUAGCCCGGACAUCACCUUGAAGAUUCAGUUUUUGAGGCUCCUCCAGAGUUUCAGCGACCACCAUGAGAACAAGUAUCUACUGCUCAACAACCAAGAGCUGAAUGAACUCAGCGCCAUCUCUCUCAAGGCCAACAUCCCCGAGGUGGAAGCCGUCCUCAACACUGACAGGAGUUUGGUGUGUGAUGGGAAGAGGGGCUUAUUAACUCGUCUGCUGCAGGUCAUGAAGAAGGAGCCAGCUGAGUCAUCUUUCAGGUUUUGGCAAGCCCGGGCUGUGGAGAGUUUCCUCCGAGGGACCACCUCCUAUGCAGACCAGAUGUUCCUGCUGAAGCGAGGCCUUCUGGAGCACAUCCUCUACUGCAUCGUGGACAGUGAGUGCAAGUCGCGGGAUGUGCUCCAGAGUUACUUUGACCUCCUGGGGGAGCUGAUGAAGUUUAAUGUUGAUGCAUUCAAGAGAUUUAAUAAAUACAUCAACACGGAUGCAAAGGCCUUGGCCGUCUCCAGCCGAGAACCCACCACCCCCGUCAGCCCAGCCUCCGCUCCAGUUCCAGGUGUUCCUGAAGCAGAUCAACAGCUCGCUGGUGGACUCCAACAUGCUGGUGCGCUGCGUCACUCUGUCACUGGACCGAUUCGAAAACCAGGUGGACAUGAAAGUCGCAGAGGUCCUGUCCGAGUGCCGCCUGCUUGCCUACAUAUCCCAGGUGCCCACACAGAUGUCCUUCCUCUUCCGCCUCAUCAAUAUCAUCCACGUGCAGACGCUGACCCAGGAGAAUGUCAGCUGCCUGAACACCAGCCUGGUGAUCCUGAUGCUGGCCCGACGGAAAGAGCGGCUGCCCCUGUACCUGCGGCUGCUGCAGCGGAUGGAGCACAGCAAGAAGUACCCUGGCUUCCUGCUCAACAACUUCCACAACCUGCUGCGCUUCUGGCAGCAGCAUUACCUACACAAGGACAAGGACAGCACCUGCCUGGAGAACAGCUCCUGCAUCAGCUUCUCAUACUGGAAAGAGACAGUGUCCAUCCUGUUGAACCCGGACCGCCAGUCACCCUCUGCCCUUGUCAGCUACAUCGAGGAGCCCUACAUGGACAUAGACAGGGACUUCACCGAGGAGUGAUCUUGGGCCAGGCCUUGGGAGGCUGCUGGGCCUGGGCCAGCGCGGGUGAGCGUGGGUACGUGUGCCUCACGCCCUGCCCUGUCCCGUCCUGUCCCCCACCCCGCGCCUCCCUGCUGCUCUCCGCCUGCCCCAGGUCUUCAGGUGCAGGCUUGGUGGGAGGGAGCGUCUAGAAGCCCUUGGCCCCUGGGUCUGAGGGCCCCGGGUCAUUGGGGAGCCUCAGUUCCCUCAAGAUCUCCAUGACGAGGACAGGGACACUGUGCCCACCCUUCCUUCAGAACCCUGGGGUCCCGGCCCACCCAGAGGUAAGGGACUUUUAAAAAUAGCUCUGUCUGAGCUCCUGCCCGGUCUCUUGGCUGUCAGUCCUGGGGUGGGGAGGGAGAUAAGGGCACCCUCCCCCAAUCUGUGAGCCAAGCUUGCCCUGGCCUUUGGACCCAGGCAAAGGCUUCUGAGCCCUUGGGCAGGGGUGGGGGACACCAGAGAACGCUACCUUCCCCCAAGCCUGCCCAUCUGUCCCUCCCUUCCUCCCUCCCUUGUUUUCCUUUAGCUCCUCUGGUUCUGUUUGCUCAUUGGCCGCUGUGUUCAUGGGUUCCCCCAGAAGUGGGAGGGGCCUUCUCUUUCCAUCCCUUGGAGCACAGGGAGGCUGUGCCUGGGCCCCCCGCUCCAGGGCAGCAUCUCCUGCCUGAGCCCACCCCGCGCAGGAGCCUGCCUGGGAGCAUACCCUCGGCCCCUCCGUGUGUUGCCAAUUUAUUAACAACAAAUAAACCAAUUAAAUGGAGACUAUUAAAGAAUUUAUUUUAAA